CUUCAUUUUUGAAAUCUUCCAGACCAAAAUUCAAAAAGUACAGCAAGAAAGAGCGAAGAAAUCCCCAAAUAAACCCAUACUCUCGAUUUCAGACCCCAAAAUCCCCAAAUCCCUAAUCUCCACGCCCCGCGAAUUUGAAAUUCACCAUUUCUAGGGUUUCAAUUCGCACCCAGAGUGAUUAUCGGUAAUCUUCCUUUCACCUUCCCAUGAAACCUUAGCGGAAGAUAAAUCAGAUUUUUUGUUGCUGCGUUUCUGGGGUUUUGGCGAGUCUAGGGUUUUCCAAGAUCCAUAAGAACUAACGAGAAAGAAUGAAUCUUCCGCAAGAAAUCGACGACUAUAUCAAAGAGUCGAUCGACCACUCCCUGGGCCUCCCUGUGUCGACGCACACCCUCGAAUUGAAGUUUCGAUGCUGCGAAGAAGCGAAACGGAGGCUUCAGAAUCAGUACUCGCUUAUUCUCUCGAAAUUGAAGGAGAAAGAGCAAGUCCUGGAGCGCGCUAAGGCCGAAGCGAGUAUGAAUGCACAAGCUUUGAGAAAGUUCGUUGAGGAGAAUCAGAGAUUGGCAUCGGAGUGUGCGCACCUGGUGACUCAAUGCAACAAGUGGGAGAGGGAGUGCUCGCUCUACGAUCAUGACCGAGAGGCUUUGAUGGAUUUUGGGAACGAGGCUGAUCAGCGUGCCAAGGAGGCCGAGAUUCGUGUUCAGAAGUUGGAGGACGAAGUCAGAGAGUUGAGGGAUGAAUUGGGGUUAUACAAGUACAAAAUGGAGAUGCAUCCGGUUGAUUCAUCUGCUGAAGACACAGCAAUUGAAGACAAACUACUGGAUUCUGUUUUGGCAACAUUGAUCAGUAAAGAUGAAGCUGUGUCUGCACGUGCGUUUCUGGAGGCCAACAAAGGCAAUGAGUCAUGUGCAAGAUUGCUAAAAAUGUGGAACUGCUUGAAGCCGUCCUCUCAAAAAGUUCUAUCACUAGUUGCUGAGGUAAAAACACUUGAGAAGGAUAAGGAACAUCUUAGGAUCAAUCUUCGUACGGCUGAAGAGGAGGUCAAAUUGCUUUUUGAAGAAAACAAAGUCCUAGAUGUGGAGAACAAAAGAUUACUGAGGCUGUACCAGAAGGAAAGAAACCAUUCUGCUUCUGGUGGAAAACAUACUGACAGUGCAUCAGCGAAGUCAAAUAAGCGCAAAUCAAGCUCUAAGACGAGCAGCCCAAUUCAAGGGAAGAUUGAUUUCAGUGAGCAAGAAGCAGCAAGACAGCCCCUAUCACCCUUGCGCUGUAACUCCCCUAACUCUAGAACCUCUAAGAGGUAGUAGAAAUUUUUUCAACGAGUCCCGUUUGUACCUUGUGUAUUCAGGAUGCUUUACUAACAAGUUUGAUUGUAAGAAUCGUUUGCUAAGUCUUUUAGUAAAUGGUUGGGCGUCUUUCUUUUCAAAGACAAGUGCUUGUCUUUACAGCUUCGGUAACUUCUAGGGAUGCAGCAGUUACUUGCAGUUGU